AGAAAAACAUGGACCUUUGGAAGGAUAAAAAACAUUAUAUAUUAUUGAUUGCAACAGUAUGUGCUUGUUACUUUAAUGCUCUAGAAUGUGAUUUUGUUUUUGAUGACAUGUCAGCUAUAAGAGAUAACAAAGAUCUUAGACCAACUACACCAUUAUGCAACAUAUUUUUAAAUGAUUUUUGGGGAACUCCUAUACAAAAAGAACAUAGUCACAAAUCAUAUCGACCACUUUGUGUUCUCACAUUUCGCCUUAACUAUCUAAUGAAUGAAUUAAAUCCAUUUAGUUAUCAUUUAAUAAAUGUGAUGCUUCAUGCCUUAGUGUGUAUCCUGUACUACAGAAUGUGCAUGAUAUUCCUGCCAGACCCUGCCAAUUUUUUGGCUGCCAUACUUUUUGCUGUCCAUCCUAUACAUACAGAAGCAGUGAAAUGGUUUUCAUUGAUACAGUGUAUUAUUAUAACAAUUAUUGCAACUCUUUGUAAAGAACAAGGAAUAACUGUUGUUGCUGUUUGUUGUGUAUAUGAAAUAUUUAUUGCUCAAAGGGUAAGCAAUAAAUUUUUUAAUAUAGAAAUUUAUUUCUACAGAUUUGACAAUCCUGCAGCUGUAUCUGAAACACCAAUUCGACAACUCACGUAUAAUUAUUUAUUGCCUGUCAAUGCAUGGCUCUUACUUUACCCAUACAAUUUAUGUUGUGAUUGGACAAUGGGGACCAUUCCACUUGUAGAAUCAUUCCUCGAUCUAAGAAAUUUGGCUACAUUGGCACUCUACUGUGCAGUUGGAAUAAUGAUUUGGAGAGCUAUAUCAUCAGAUGAUGAACAGUCAAAUAUUUUAAUUAUUAGUCUUGCAUUGAUAAUAUUUCCAUUUCUUCCUGCAUCAAAUUUAUUUUUUCCUGUUGGAUUUGUUGUAGCUGAAAGGGUUUUAUAUACACCAAGUAUGGGAUUUUGUUUGCUUGUUGCUCAUGGAUGGAAUUUAUUAAAUGAAAGAUUAGAAUGGAAAUCAAUAAUGAAAAUCCUUCUUAUGUUCUUAUUUUGCAUUUAUGCCCUGAAAACAGUUUUACGUAAUUAUGAUUGGUAAAUAUUUAGAUAUUU